AUGUCGUCCACGGCCACUGACCUAGACAACAUGGAGGUGCAGCGACAGUACAAAGUCAGCAGUAGGUGGGAGAAUUCGGACACCCAGUGGGAAGAGGAACAUAGCACAUCCAAACUCUUCGAAUCCUCCAGGAUCAAAGCCCUCGCUGAUGAGCGCGACGCUGUGCAGAAGAAAACCUUCACAAAGUGGAUGAACUCUCACUUGGCCCGGGUGAUGUGCAGGGUCACAGACCUGUAUGUGGAUCUCCGUGAUGGCUGCAUGUUAACCAAACUGCUGGAAGUUUUAUCAGGAGAGCAGCUGCCCAAGCCGACACGGGGCCGGAUGCGCAUCCAUUCCCUGGAGAACGUGGACAAGGCACUGCAGUUCCUGAAGGAGCAGCGGGUUCACCUGGAGAAUGUGGGCUCGCACGACAUUGUCGAUGGAAACCACCGGCUCACCCUGGGCCUCAUCUGGACUAUCAUCCUCCGUUUCCAGAUUCAGGUGAUUAAAAUUGAAACAGAAGAUAACCGAGAGACUCGCUCAGCCAAAGAUGCUCUCCUGUUGUGGUGUCAGAUGAAGACCGCAGGAUAUCCGGGCGUGAACAUCCAGAACUUCACCAGCAGCUGGAGUGACGGCCUGGCCUUUAAUGCUCUCAUCCACAAACACAGGAGUGACCUCAUUGACUUCAGCAAACUGCAGAAAUCCAAUACGACCUUUAACCUCCAGCAGGCGUUUAACAUGGCGGAGCAGCGACUGGGGGUGGCCAAACUCCUGGACCCAGAAGAUGUCAACACGGAGAAUCCAGAUGAGAAGUCCAUCAUCACCUACGUGGUGUCCUAUUAUCAUUACUUCUCAAAGAUGAAGGCACUCGCUGUGGAGGGGAAGAGGAUUGGAAAGGUCCUGGACAAAGUUCUGGAGAUUGAACAGAUUGUUGCGAGAUACGAAACAUUGGCUUCUGCGCUGCUCGAGUGGAUUGAACAAACCAUCGCUCUUAUCAGCAAUCAGCGAUUUGCAAACUCAUUAACUGGAGUUCAGCAGCAACUGCAAGCCUUCACCACCUACUGCACUGUGGAGAAACCUUUAAAGUUCGAGGAGAAGGGGAACCUGGAAGUCCUGCUUUUCACCAUCCAGAGCAAACUCCGGGCAAACAACCAAAAGCUUUACCUGCCGCACGAGGGCAAACUGAUCUCCGACAUUAACAGGGCCUGGGAGAGGCUGGAGAAGGCGGAGCAUGAGCGGGAGGUGGCAUUGCGGAAUGAACUCAUCCGCCAGGAGAAGCUGGAGCAGUUGGCACAUCGAUUUGAUCACAAGGCUGCGAUGCGAGAGACCUGGUUAAACGAGAACCAGCGCCUCAUCUCCCAGGAUAACUUUGGCUAUGAUCUCCCUGCCGUAGAGGCUGCGAUGAAGAAACAUGAAGCCAUCGAGGCUGAUGUGUCCUCGUACAAGGAGCGAGUGCAGGUGAUCACUGAGCUGGCCCUGGAACUAGACUCGGAGAGUUACUAUGACAUUAAACGCAUCUCCGCGCAGAAAGAUAACAUUCUGCGACUGUGGAGCUUCCUGGAGGAGACUCUGGCUGCUCGCAGGGAACGGCUUGAGUUAAAUUUGUCGCUGCAGAAAAUCUUCCAGGAGAUGGUUCAUAUGAUCGACUGGAUGGAGGAGAUGCAGAUGCUGUUGUGUUGGAAGGAUUUGGGGAAGCACUUGUUGGAAGCGGAGGACCUACUCCAGAAACACAGCCUCCUGGAGGCAGAUAUCUCAGUGCAGGCUGAGCGAGUGAAAAGUCUGAACACUGCGGCCCUGGAGUUUACCCAAUUGGAAGGUUAUCAGCCCUGUGACCCGCAGGUGAUCUGCAAUCGCGUCCAACAUGUCAACAGCUGCCUGGAGGAACUGUACCGACUGGCAUCAUGCCGGCGGGCAGAGCUGGAGGGUUCACGCUGCCUCUGGGCAUUCUUCCAGGAGAUGGAGGAGCUGGAGGGUUGGAUCCAUGAGAAGGAGCAGGUCAUCUCCUCAGCAAACUACGGCAAGGACGUGAACAGUGCCACCCUCCUGUUGAGUAAACACAAGAGCCUAAUGGGGGAGCUGGUGGCGAGGUGCAGCCUCCUAACACAAACCAUCACAAAGGGUGAGCAGAUCCUGGCACAGAAACACUUUGGGACGGGAAACAUCCAGGAGAGGAUUCUGGAGGUCCGGGUUCAGUGGAAAACGGUGGAUGAGUUGGCGGUUCUCCGACAGCAGCAUCUCCAGGAGGCGCUGAGCUUCUUCCAGUUCAAGGCGGACACUGACGACCUGGAAGUGUGGCUGCAGGACGCGUACCGCAUUGUGUCCAGUGAUGACUUUGGACACGACGAGUAUUCCACGCAGUCGCUGGCCAAGAAACACCGAGGGCUGGUCGAGGACAUUGAGCAGCAUCAGCAGCUGGUGCAGAGUCUGCGCAGUCAGGCCAUGAACCUGGCCCCUGAGUACCUGGAGCUGGAGGAGGUGCAGAACCGCGUGUCGGAGGUGGAGGCUUUGUACUUGGAGGUGAAGGAGGUGGCUGGGUUACGCAGGCAGUGGCUGCAGGAUGCCCUGGCUGUUUAUCGCAUGUUCAGUGAGGUGAAUGCCUGUGAGCGCUGGAUUGAUGAGAAGGAGCAGUGGCUCAACAGCAUGGAGAUCCCAGAGACGCUGGAGGACCUCGAACUGGUCCAACAGAGGUUUGAGAGUCUGGAUCAGGAGAUGAACAGCAUGUUGAUCCGUGUUGUGGAGGUGAAUGAAAUCGUGCAGCAACUGGUGGAAAAUGGGCAUCCCAGUGCCACUGAGGUCAGAGGCUGCCAAGACCACCUCAACAGCAGGUGGGGCCAGAUUGUGCACAUGGUUGAAAGCAAAAAGGAGACCAAUAAUUCUCUGCUGCGUAUUCAGAAUUACUUGCUGGAGUGUAAUGAGAUCAAAUCUCAGAUUGGUGAGAAGCGGAAAGCCAUUGAGUCGACGCAGUAUCUUGGCAAUGACCUCGGCGGAGUGAUUGCUCUCCAGAGGAGGCUGUCCACCAUGGAGGGGGCCCUCGCUGUGAUCGAGCCCAAGCUGAUCGGCCUGCAGCUGGAGGCAGAGAGUUUGGCAGCUGCCCACCCGGGCCAGGCUAUGGAAAUCCUUAUCCAAUUUGAGGAAAUCAGUGAGGAGUGGGAGCAGCUGAAGCAAGCUUUACAAGGCUGCGAGGACUCCCUGAGCGUCGCCAGCAAGCUGCAGCAGUUUAUCCAGGAUCUGGAUAGCUUCCUGUCGUGGCUUGCCCAGACUCAGGCCGAGACUGUGUCAGAGGAACUGCCCAAUACACUGGGGGAGGCCGAGGCUCUCCUCAGGCACCAUGAAGCGCUGAAAGAGGAAAUUAGCCAACACGAAGAGGACUACCAGAAGAUCCUGGCAGUGAACGAGCUGGUGUCGUUGGAUGAGGCCGAACUUCCCCUCCUAUCCAUUCAGCAGUGGCUGCAGAAGCUGCAGGUUGGCUGGAAGAAGCUGCAGCAGAUGUGGGAGGGCAGACAGCAGGUGCUGCUCCAGUCUCACAUUUACCACCUCUUCCUACGCGACGUCAGGCAGGCUGAAGCCUUCCUCAACAGCCAGGAGUCAGUGUUGGCCCAGCUUGAGUUACCCGUGUCGCUGGAGGCGGCGGAAGCUUCAAUCAAGAAGCACCGAGAUUUCCUGUUGACGUUGGAAAUAAACCUGCAGAAGAUCAACACCGUGGUUGAGGCUGGUGGGCAGCUGGUGAAGGGUGACAAUAUCUACCUGGAGAAGAUCAGAGACCAAACCAAGUCCAUCACCAGCAGGAGCCAACAUAAUUACAAGCUGGCUCACGAUUGGUUGGUGCGUUUGAGUGACCAAUGGGAGCUGCAGCGGUUCCUCCAGAGCUGUGAGGAGUUGGGUGACUGGAUUAAUGAGAAGAUGCUGACGGUCCGAACCACGUCACACGACGAUGUUCAGAAGCUGCACAAAAAAUGGCUGAAGCACCAGGCGUUCAUGGCAGAGCUGGUAUUGAACCGGGAAUGGCUGGCUAAGAUCGAGAAGGAGGGGCAACAACUGAUCAAAGAGAAACCUGAGCUUGCCCCAGAAGUGAGGAAGAAACUGGAGGAGAUCCGCGAUUGCUGGGUGGUCCUGGAGAGCACGACGCAGGCAAAGGCGAGGCACCUGUUUGACGCGAACAAGGCUGAGCUCCUGGUGCAGAGCUAUGGUGAGCUGGACAAGAGGUUGUCACACCUGGAGGGGCAGCUGCAGGUGGUAGAAGGAGGGAGAGACAUCGCCAGCGUCAACAGCCAACUCCAGAAACUGCAGGUCCUGGAGAAUCAGAUGGAGGGCUGGUACAAAGAGGUUGGGGAGCUACAGGCCCAGGCUUCUACCCUGCAUCAGGAAGGGGCAGGAAAAGAAGAGGUUACCGAGAAACAAAAUGUCGUGGAAGCGCGAAUUGUUCGACUGAUUGAGCCUCUGAAGCAACGGCGGAGAAUUCUGCUCGCUUCCAAAGAAGUUCACCAGGUGACCAGGGAUAUGGAGGAGGAGACUCUUUGGAUUCAGGAACGCCUGCCACUGGCAACAUCCAAGGAUCACGGGAAUAAUCUGCAAACAGUGCAGCUCCUUCAGAAAAAACUUCAGACUCUUCAACGGGAGAUUCAGGGCCACCUGCCUCGGAUCAAUGAUGUGAUAGAGCGGGCGGGGCACAUCGCCUCCAUCCAGAGCCCGGAGGUUGACGCUGUGCGUCUGAGCCUGGACCGGCUGCGGGAGUUAUGGGAUGUCUUCCAAGAGGAAACGCAGCAGAGGCAGCAGAGGCUGACUGGAAUGCAGCAAGUCCAGCAGUAUUACUUCGACGCGUCUGAGGUGGAGUCGUGGCUGAGUGAGCAAGAACUGCACAUGAUGACGGACGAGAAAGGAAAGGACGAACAGAGCUCACUCCAGAUGUUGAAGAAACACCUGAUCCUGGAGCAGACGAUUGAUGACUACGCAGAGAACAUUUGCGAGCUCUCGAAGACAUGUAGAACAUUGUUGGACGCGGGGCAUCCUGAGAGUGAACACAUCAGCAAACAGCAAUCGCAAAUUGACCGUUUGUACGUGAGCCUGAAGGACCUCGCUGAGGAGCGGAAAGGCAAGCUAGAGCAACACUACUGGCUCUUCCAGCUAAACCGUGAGGUUGAUGAACUGGAGCAGUGGAUUGCAGAACGAGAGGUCGUAGCAGGGUCACCAGAACUUGGGCAAGACUACGAACAUGUCACACUGCUGCUGGAGAAAUUCACAGAGUUUGCCCAUGAGACGGGGGUGAUUGGUCAGGAGCGGGUGAACACGGUGAACCAGAUGAUAGACGAGUUGAUUGACUACGGUCACACGGAUGCAGCCAUCAUCGCCGAGUGGAAGGACGGUGUCAGCGAAGCCUGGGCGGACUUGCUGGAACUGAUAGAAACACGAGCGCAGAUGCUGUCAGCGUCCCAGGAGCUGCAUAAAUUCUUCACCGACUGCAAGGAGGUGGCCGGCCACAUUGAGGAGAAACACAAACAGCUUCCGGAAGUUACCGUGGGGGAUUCCAACAGCACCUUUACGCUGCAGAGAAUGUUGAGUUCAUUUGAGCACGACGUCCAGGUCCUGGUUACACAGGUGAGGCAGCUCCAAGAGGACGCAGCUCAGCUGCGAACUGUGUAUGCCGGUGAGAACGCCGAGGCCAUUCUUGUCCAGGAGCAGGGUGUCAUGCAAGCUUGGAAGGAACUAUUGAGCAGCUGUGACCAACGGAGGCUGCAGCUUACCACGAGCAGCGACAAGAUCCGCUUCUUCAGCAUGGUCCGCGACCUGGUCAGCUGGAUGGACAGUAUCAUCUGCCAGAUUGGAAUGGGUGAGAAACCACGAGAUGUCUCCUCAGUGGAGGUGCUGAUGAAUUACCACCAAGGUCUCCGAGGGGAGAUUGAAGCCAGACACAAGAAAUUCACAGCUUGCAUCGAACUGGGCAAAACCUUGCUCACCAGUACCAACCAGGCUGCUGAUGAGAUUAAGGAGAAACUGGACAAGGUGCUAAAGAAGCAACAUGAGCUGAUGGAGAAAUGGGAACAGCGCUGGGAGUGGCUACAACAGAUGCUGGAGGUGCAUCAGUUUGCGCAGGAGGCGGUGGUGGCCGAGUCGUGGCUGAGCGCCCAGGAGCGCCUGGUCAGCAGCAGCCAGCUGGGCAACAGCGUGGACGAGGUGGAGCAGCUCAUCAAACGCCACGAGGCCUUCCGGAAGGCGGCGGCGACCUGGGAGGAGAGGUUCAGUUCGUUGAGGAGACUAACCACGGAGGACCUGUUCUCUGUUGGACCUAGUGGCCACACGUUUCCACUGGUUGUGAAACUGACGGCUACCCUCAACAUUUUGGCCUGUGAAUCCUUCCAGGACUCUGCCUGGAGACAUAUGCAGGAUUGCCCAGUUAGCAAACAACAGAUGAAUACCACAGUUAAGAGCAGCAACUACAUGGAGGGAAAACGCAAAGCUGACUGGUGUAAUCUGGAACGGAUGGAGAAUAAGGCUACCUUCCAGGUACAGCAGCAGCCUGCAACUCCUCUGCUGAGCCGCAGAGUGCUGCCAGAAUCAAGGGUGCUUCUGCCUGAACAGUCAGUGGCAGUGGCAGAGACACGGCCGGUCAAACAGCAAGCUAUGUACGAAAUCAUCGAUGGGCUUCAGCAGGUGAAACCUGAGAGAGCGGAACUCAAAUCGGCCAGACGACCCGUUAGACAGGAGAGGCAGGAGCCGGCCGCAGCGCGGUUAGACGCACACACCACCCCGCCACAGCCCAGGCGGGAACAGUCGGAAGGGAGGCCUGAACCGACACAACCAAAAGCCGAGCAAGGUGAAGUGAGGCAAGCCCACAGGAAAGAACGUCAGGAAUCUCUGAGCGAGCAUCGGGAGUUGGAGCUGGAGGAUGGAGGAGCUGCUGGGGACAGGCGAACCACACUCGCUGAUAUUGUGGAGCAACUUCAGGAGAAGGAGGUGAGUGAGUCUUUGAGUGGAGUACGCGAUUCAUCUCUGUCUGUUGGGCUACCAAAUGGGAUUGAGAAACUGCCAGAGAGAACUCCACGACCAGACAGACCGAGAGCGAGAGACAGACCUAAGCCCAGGAGACGACCUCGACCGAAGGACCCGAACCAGCCGGUUGGAGAAACACGUCGAUCCCGCUCCGCACCAUCUCCCCAGAAUAGUGCCGCAGCGCCACCACCGAUAACACACACAGCAGAGCAGGAGGGAAUCCUCACUCGAAAACAUGAACUAGAGGCUCCCAAUAAAAAAUCAUCCAGCAGGUCCUGGGUUAGUGUAUACUGCGUGAUUAGUAAAGGAGAUUUGGGGUUUUAUAAAGAUGCCAAGAGCUAUAAAGCAGGAGCAACCUAUAAUGGAGAGUCGCUCAUCACCCUGAGUGACUCCACCUGUGAAAUUGCUAGCAAUUAUAAGAAGAAGAAGUUUGUAUUUAAAAUCCGGAUGAAUGACGGCAGUGAGUACCUGUUCCAGGCCAAGGAUGAGGAGGAGAUGAACGAUUGGAUCAAGACUGUUUCCACAGCCAUUUCAGAGCAUGCACAAAUCGCUCAACAAACCGGCCAGAUCCCCCUUACUACCUCCUCUACUGAUGAAGGGAAUCCUAAACGGGACAGUGACCGAAGAUUCAGUCUCUUUGGAAAGAAGAAAUGA